UUCUCUCCUCCGCGCCGCUCCUCUCCUCUCCUCUCCUCCCCCGUUUUACUCUCCUCCAUCCCCGGGCCCAGCAUGUUCAAGGUCGCCCGUAGCAGCAGGCACUUAGCCUCUGCCUUCCAGAGCCCUCUGCGCCAACAAGUGCGCAACCUCUCCAUCCACGAAUACCGCUCCGCCCAGCUGCUCGACUCGUAUGGCAUCGGCGUCCCCAAGGGCAGUGUGGCCCACAAUGCAAAGGAGGCAGAAGAAGUCGCAAAGACCAUCGGCGGCGAUGACAUGGUCAUCAAGGCGCAAGUGCUGGCAGGAGGUCGUGGAAAGGGCCACUUCACCAACGGCUUCAAGGGCGGAGUGCGCAUCGUCUACAGCCCGCGUGAAGCCUCGAUCCUCGCCGACCAGAUGAUCGGCCAGAAGCUCAUCACCAAGCAGACGGGUGAGAAGGGCAGGAUCUGCAACAGUGUCUACAUCGUCGAGCGCAAGUUUGCCCGUCGCGAGUUCUACCUGGCCAUCCUCAUGGACCGCGCCACCCAGGGUCCUGUAAUUGUCGCCUCCAGCCAGGGAGGCAUGGACAUCGAGACUGUUGCCAAAGAGAGCCCCGACGCCAUCAUCACCACACCCAUCGACAUUCACAAGGGCGUCACAGAUGAGAUUGCACGGGGCAUCGCCACCAAGCUGGGUUUCAGCGAGCAGUGCAUUGAGGACGCCAAGGACACCAUCCAGAAGCUCUACAAGGUCUUCCAAGAGAAGGACGCUACACAAAUUGAGAUCAAUCCUCUUUCCGAGACUUCAGACCACAAGGUCCUCUGCAUGGACGCUAAGCUCAACUUCGACGACAACGCCGAGUUCCGUCAAAAGGAGGUCUUCAGCUGGCGCGAUCCUUCCCAAGAAGAUGCCGAUGAGGUCAAGGCAGGCGAGUCUGGUCUCAACUUUAUCAAGCUCGACGGUGACAUCGGCUGCCUUGUCAACGGUGCCGGUCUGGCCAUGGCCACUAUGGAUAUCAUUAAGCUGAACGGUGGCGCACCAGCAAACUUCUUGGAUGUCGGUGGUGGUGCUACUCCUGAAGCUAUCAGACAGGCUUUCGACCUCAUCACCUCGGACCCCAAGGUGACGGCCAUCUUUGUCAACAUUUUCGGCGGUAUUGUUCGUUGCGACGCCAUUGCUAAGGGCUUGAUUGGUGUGGUGGAGAGCAUGAACCUCCGAACGCCCGUCAUUGCAAGAUUGCAGGGCACCAACCACGAGGCAGCCGCCAAGCUGAUCAACGAAAGCGGCUUGAAGAUUUUCAGCAUUGAUGACCUACAGACCGCGGCAGAGAAGAGCGUGCAAUUCAGCAAGGUUGUAAAGAUGACGCGUGACAUUGACGUGGGUGUUGAGUUCACCCUGGGCAUAUAGAUGGGUUAUGGGUAGCAUAUGGCGCUGCUUUACGAUGAUUGUAUUCUGCUCUUUGCGCCGAGUCGCGGAUUGCGAGGCGUAUUGUACCUUUGUUCUAUAUCAUGCAUGACCGCGAUACUAGAUGAUCAGAAAAGACCAGCGACAGGUUCCGGAUUGAUAUCCACCAGCUUUGCAUGCUACUAAUGGCCCACAGAGGCGUCGAACGUAUCUUCAGCGAGUUCACAG